UUAUAGGACAUUUCACCUUUUACUGGGACAGGUGUGAAUAACACAGCCUGCUCUGAAAUAUCCUGUGUUGGGUGUGACAGGAUAUCACUCAAUGCCCCAUCACAAAUGUCACUGUGUCACUGUGUUUCUACACAGAAGCAGCUGGGAGAGACACAGACAGAAAUACAACAGAUAAUCCAGGAGAGACUGAAAGAAAUUGAGGAGAUGAAACAGGCUGUGGAGUCACUGAAAAGAUCUGCAUGCAUAGAAAUAAAGGAAAGUGAGAAGAUCUUUACUGAGCUGAUCCGAUCCAUUGAGAAUAUCCACACUGAGGUUAUUGAGCUGAUUGGAGCUAACGAGAAGGCUGCAGUGAAUCAGGCUGAAGGAUGCAUGAAGAAACUGGAGCAGGAGAUUGCUGAGCUAAGGAGGAGAAACACUGAGCUGAAACAGCUUUCAGAGACAGAGGAUCACAUCCAUUUUCUACAGAAUUUCCAGUCUCUCUGUGUCCCUCCUGAAGCUGGAGACUUACCCAGCGUUACUGUCAAUACAGACAUCUCUUUUGGGACUGUGAGGAAAGCUGUAUCUGAACUUAAAGACCAUAUUGAGGAUUUCUGGAAGGGGGAAUUAGUAAAAAUAACCACAACAGUGAAUGCAACAGCAGUUUAUACCCUGCGGUCUAGGAGCAGUGACAGACGUUUCAAAGUGAAUGAAGUUGCAGUUUACAGUCUGCAGGCUACAGAGCCAAGGAACAGAGCUGAGUUUUUAAAAUAUUCCUAUCAGCUCACACUGCACCCCAACACAGCAUAUAGAGAGCUAUGUCUGUCUGAAGGAAACAGAAAGGUGACACGGAGGAGUGAGACCCAGCGAUAUCGUCAUCACCCAGAGAGAUUUGAUAGCUGGCCCCAAGUGCUUUGCAGAGAGCGUUUGUCUGGGACUCGCUGUUACUGGGAGAUUGAGUGGAGGGGGGGAGGGGCUUAUAUAGGAGUCACAUAUAAAGGAAUCAGCAGGAAAGGAGGGGAUCGUUGCUGUCUCCUUGGAUGCAAUGACAAGUCCUGGAGUGUGUACUGCUCUGAUUCCAGUUACUCUGCCCGGCACAAUAACAAUAAAACUGCAAUAACUGCCCCCUGCUCCCCCAGAAUAGGAGUGUAUCUGGAUUUUAAUGCCGGCACGCUGUCCUUUUAUGGCGUCUCUGACACAAUGACCCUCCUGCACAGAUUCCAAACCACAUUCGCUGAGCCGCUCUAUCCUGGGUUUUGGAUUGGUUAUGAUUCCUCUGUAACAAUCUGCCAGCUGAACUAGACUGUUUUGUGUUGUAAGAAGCCCUUUGUAUUGAACUCCCUGUCUGUCCUCUCCACUCCUCGGGUGAAGGGAAUGUUCAAUCUGACACAAUUUUGGAUGAAAGGGGGUAAAAUGGCGCCACCUGCAGAGCGAAAUGAGGUGAAUUAUUUGUUUUUAUGCUUGGGCAUAACAUUUGUAAUUGUAACAGUCACACGUGGACAGCUGUUUCAGCAUAAAACGUUCAAUAUGUCGUGAGUAUGAUAAAUAUCUCUUAAGGUGGUUGUAGCUCACUAAAUAAUUCCACAAUGUGUUCCUAUAUUGCACUUCCAUGGCUACACAGGACUCAAAUGUGCAGGUUUGAAAAACAUGACAGGCAAGAUUCUCAGAAAACCAUGAUCUUGUUUUGAAUGGGAUUUUGUGUCUCAAAUGGAUAUUUAUAGUAUAUAGCUGAACUUUUUGGGAUUUAGGUACAGCUUGCAAAUCUAUAAACCGUGAGGCUUCAUGGAUACCUUUAUACAGAAAAGCAAUAGGUACAAGAUGCCUUUUCCUCAUGUUAUAAUUGUGUUUGUAAAUUAUCUCAUUGGAAAUGGUUGCAUAUUUACUCUAACUAGCAUUUAAUUAGAUGCAUUGGGUCAACUCGUCAGGCAGUUCAAAGUUUCAAUAUUAUAAUCUUUUGCUUAUUUUAACUAUAAUGUGAGUGAAAUAUCAUCACAAGAAAAGACAUUUCCAUGGAUAUCGUAAAUCACAAUCAAAUUGCAUUACAUGUGCAAUCUGCCCACAGUGGAAAAGCAGAAACGUGUUUUAAGCCUGGCCUUUGUCGCCCUCUUCAGGACAAACUCUGCAGCUGCGCAGAGCCUGAUUGAAAGCAAUUCUUUUCACUCGGUGUGGUUCCAUUGGAAAUGUAGGGCUCUAUUCACACAACCUUAAGGACUGUUACAAUGACUGUUUUGUAGAAGACUCUUUAUGCUUUAAAUCAAGUUGUUUAGAGAGGGGGGAGCAGUUUAUUGUUUAUUAAUUUUAGUGUUUAUUAUUAUUCAAAGCACUGUUUAAGGUCAACAAUCUUUUUAAUCAGGUUUUAAAUUAAAACCAAAACAUGAAUGUAAAGAAGGACUAUUUUAAUAAGCAUUUGUUUUUUUAUGUUUCUGUACUUCUAAUGCAAACCUUUUUUUCAUGUACUUUUUCUUUAAAUGUUUUGUACAGUUUUAAUUUUCAAUAAAUGUUUUGUUCUGCA